AUGGCAACAAUGAUUCGCCCUCUCACCCUCCCUGUCACUGUCCCUCUCCCACUCCCCCUCCCCCACAGUCCUCCGGCACCCCCACGCUGGCCUCCGGCACCCCCGUGCAGUCCUCCCUCCCCCGCUCUACCUCCUCCCUCCGACCGCCCCAUGCUCUUCCCGUGGAGAAACAAGCGCAACAGUCUACCAGAAGCUUUGUCCUUCCAACCGAGCAACAAGUUUCCGGCACUCUCCUGGAGCGACAAGAAACCGACGAAGAUAGAGACCCGCUUCCAAACCUACCCGAGCUCGCCCUCGCCGCACCGUUACAACCGCCGUGCAAGAUCAUUCUAUUACGUAAACCCAAUCUCCUUCUUAGUUCUGGUUGGCGUCGUUCUGUUCCUCGUCGAUUUACCUUAA